UUUAAUUAAUUAUUUAUUUGACAAACAUAAACCAAAACUCGAGAGAAGUCUGGAAAUAAACAUUGCAGUUUUCUCAUUUCGAGAGAAAUGGGAACAACCUUGUUCACAAGCUAUAGCUUUUCUUGUAGUUGGAGAUAUUAUCAGCACACAGAAAGGAGGCUGUCAAGUUUUAAAACUAGCGUUGCAUGUUCAAGAGGAAGUGAAUUGGUUGAUGGAGACGGGGAAACUGAGUUAUACAGGACUGGGGAUGUGAAGAGAAGAUCAGUUUUACUCUCCGGCGCUUCUUUGAUUUCUUCUACAAUUCUGGGAUUUCCAGGAGAUGGAUUGGCUGUUGUCAAACAAGGCCCUUUAGCUGGACGGAUACCCGGCUUGUCUGAACCAGAUGAACAAGGUUGGAGGACUUAUCGCAGACCAGAUGAUAAAUCUGGAGGCCAUGGUGUUGGAUGGAGUCCAAUCAUUCCUUACGCAUUUUCAGUGCCACAAGAAUGGGAAGAGGUUCCAGUAUCAAUUGCGGAUUUAGGUGGCACUGAGAUUGACUUGAGAUUUGCCAGUCCGAAGGAAGGGCGCUUGUUUGUCAUCGUGGCACCUGUUCUCAGAUUUGCUGAUAAUCUUGGUGAUGAUGCUACGAUUGAAAAGAUUGGACCUCCAGAGAAAGUGAUUAAUGCAUUUGGACCGGAAGUGAUAGGGGAGAAUGUAGAGGGCAAGGUUUUAAGCACGAAUGUGGCUGAACACUCUGGGCGAACAUACUAUCAAUACGAGUUGGAGCCACCUCACGUACUGAUUACAGCAACAGCUGCUGGAAAUCGCUUAUACAUGUUCAAUGUAACUGGAAGUGGUCUUCAAUGGAAGAGGCACUACAAGGAUUUGAAGAGGAUAGCAGAGUCAUUUCGUGUUGUCUAGUUAAAUCUCUGAAUUCAGAUUGCACAGAGAAUCGGAGAUAGUGUUUAUAUCCUUUCAUGAUGUAAUUUUUAACUAUUACACAAAGGAGAGUGUAUUUGCAGCGCAAAUUAACUUCAAAAUAGAACUUU